AUGUACGCGAAAUGCGGCAGCUUGGAUGAUGCACGUCAGGUGUUUGCUGAAAUGCGCGAGAGAAACCUGUUUGCUUGGUCGGCCAUGAUCAAUGGCUGCUCGCGAGAGCAUCGGUGGGAGGAGGUUAUUGACCUCUUUGCUGAGAUGAUGUGGGAAGGUGUGAUCUUGGACAAGCUUCUGUUUCCGAAGAUCUUGCAGGCGUGCGCCAACACUGGCGAUUUGAAGACUGGGAUGUUGCUGCACUCUCUUGCGGUCCGAGGAGGGUUCUUGAAUUCGCCUGUGGAGGCUCAGGUUGGGAAUGCGAUUCUGGCAAUGUACGCAAAAUGUGGCAUUUUUGGAGCUGCCAAGAAGUUUUUCAGGAAAAUGGCUGUCAAGGAUCUUGUGUCCUGGAAUUCAAUUAUAUCUGCCCAUUGUCAGUGUGGUGAGCAUGAGCAAGCUUUUCGGCUUUUUGAGAGGAUGAAGGAUGAAGGGAUUGAGCCUAGUGUGGUAACAUGGAACAUACUGAUCUCCAGCUAUAAUCAUUUGGGACAUACUGAUGAAGCAAUGCAGCUGAUGAAGCAGAUGGAGAGCUCUGGUGUUGUUCCUGAUGUGUUCACUUGGACUUGUUUGAUAUCUGGCUUUGUGCAGAAUAACAGAAUCAAUGAAGCAUUGGAUUUGUUCAUUGAUAUGCAGAACGCCGGAGUUGAGCCAAAUGAGAUGACCAUUGCGUGUGUAAUAUCAGCUUGUGCUUCAUUGAAGUGUCUGAGGAAGGGGAGGGAACUCCAUUCUUAUGCUAUCAAGAGGGAUAGUGCGACCAGUGUGUUGGUGGGCAAUGCUUUGGUUGACAUGUAUGCAAAAUGUGGGAGCCUAGACAAUGCGGAGAGAGUGUUUGAUGCGAUCCGAGGGAAAGAUGUUUUCACUUGGAAUACAAUGAUUGGAGGUUAUGCGCAGUUUGGGUCUUGUGGCAAAGCCUAUGAGCUUUUCUGCAAGAUGGAGGAUUCAGGUGUUCAGAGAAAUGUAAUUACUUGGAAUGUCAUGAUUUCAGGAUAUAUUCAGAAUAAGGCUGAAGAUCAAGCCAUGGAGCUCUUUCACAGGAUGGAGAGAGAAGGGAUAAGGAGCAAUACUGCUUCAUGGAAUGCUCUUAUUGCUGGUACAUUGGGGAAUGGCAAUUUAGACAAAGCACUGAAUAUAUUCCGGCAGAUGCAGUCAGUUUCGGUGAAGCCUAACUCAGUUACUAUCCUGAGUAUUCUUCCAGCCUGCGCAAAUCUGGUUUCAGGAUGGAAGGUAAAGGAGAUUCAUGCUUCCUUACUCCAUAGUGGUUUAGACUCUGACCUUGCCAUUUCCAAUUGUCUCAUUGAUACAUAUUCAAAAUCCGGUGAUCUAGGUAGUGCUCUGAUGGUUUUUAAUGGGAUUUCUUCAAGGGAUCUCAUCUCCUGUAAUUCCAUGAUUUCGGGUUGCAUUAUGCAUGGAUGUCCUCAGCUCGCGCAAAAUCUAUUCAAUAAGAUAAAAAAGGAAGGCAUCAAACCAAACCAUGCUAUUCUUGCAAGAAUCAUUGAUGCGUAUGCUAUUUCCGGAAUGGUGAAUGAAGGCAAGGAGUUCUACUCCAGAAUGUUCGAAGAAUACGAGCUAUCUCUAACCAUGGAGCAUUACGCAGCAAUCGUACAUCUUUAUGGCCGUUCAGGUAGACUUAGAGAAGCAGCUGAAAUCAUUGAGAAAAUGCCUAUGGAGCCUGAUUCCACCGUCUGGCAUGCAUUGCUUACUGCUGCCAGAGUUCAUGGUAAUAUCAAACUAGCAAGCCUUGCAGCUGAACACCUUAUCAAAAUAUACCCAAGAAGUUAUAGAAUUCGCAGAUUGUUGUUGCAUAUACAGGCUUUAAGCGGGAGGACCAGUGAAGGUUUAAAGGCCCUGAAACCGAUACCAGAGAUCAACAAUGUUGAUCACUCUUAUGGUAGUUGCUGUUUGGUAGUUAAGCAUAAUGUGUAUACAUUCUUAACAGGAGCAAAACCAAAGAAUAGUUUGGAGCUCAGUGAGGAGGAGGAAGAAGUUACAGGUGCUCACAGUGAGCAGCUUGCGAUCGUAUUCACUCUCAAGAAUGUGCCUAGCUUUCAGAAAAUUCGGAUAAUUAAGAGUAUCAGGAUGUGCGCAGCUUGCCACUCUGCUGCCAAGUUAAUAUCCAGAAGUCAUAGAAAUGAAAUUUUGCUAAAGGAUCCUGGUUGUUUGCAUCGCUUCAAAGAUGAGAAUUAUUAUCUUCGCCUUUUGAAAUUCAGGUAUCAUCAGCAUGAAAAUGAAUUAUGUCUGGAAGCUGUCACUAUGUAUUUAACUUCAGUGACAUGCAUCUACAACCUGAACCUCUUUAUUCUCAAAACUUUGACAGCACAAACUAACUAA